CCCGGUAUCUUGCUCGAUGACCACAGAAUUAACCAGCGGCGUUCGACCCUGCGAUCGUGCACACGGAUAAGAUAGCCUGCCGAAACACGUGAGCCGCGAUAGCAAGGCCGUCAUGACCUACAGGGGUGGUCGAGGUGAUGGUCCGACUGUUGUCGCCAGACACAACAGGGAGCCGACCGCGGCCGUACACGGUGCCUGGAUGGGAUCAGGAGAAUCGGUGCCGACGGCGCCGGCCGGGGCGACGGUGCCAGACAUCUGCCCCGCUUACAACUCAGCAGCGGCCUACUGCACCAGCGACAGCUGCCUGAGUCUGCACAUCUGCCAGGGCUUCGUCAUCGGAAACUGUCUCUACGGCGAGAGGUGCAGUCGCACCCACCAACUGACCACUGUGCAUAACCAGCUGGUGCUGAAGGUAAAUAAUUGGACAAGCAGCGAGCAGCAUCCCCAGUUGAUGACCAUGCUUAAAGAGAAAGUCGGACAAGGAGCAGCUAGUUGCAAUGGGGUGAAGAUUUCAGGUCUGCCAACUCCUGAGCUAUGUCUAGACUACAAUGCUCUAGGAUGUGUGCGUGAAGAUUGCAACAAGCUCCACCUCUGUCUGCAUUUCAUUUUGAAACAGUGCAACGCUUCGGAAGGUCAAUGCCGUUUUAUGCAUGACUUUGGCAGGGAUGAGCACAACAUGCUCGUGCUAAGAGGCGCAGGACUUCUAGACAUAGAUCAGAGCGUUAUCAUUAAAAACCUCAGCGAAAAGUACAGAAACCUAUACAGCGAAAAACAAAACAUCGCGAAAGCUGAGCCGCGACGGGGAGACGGAGCAUCUGUUCGACAAACGAACGACCCCACACUCGAACAGGCUGAGCGGAGAACUGAAAAAGCCCAAAAAGAAGCCGAUAAAGGAGCACCAAAACCCAGAAAAGCCCCGAGUGCUUGCAUUGAAUACAACAAGCGCUUCUGCACUAAUCCUUCGUGCCCUUUUCUGCACGUCUGCUUCAGCUAUUUAAUGGGGCGCUGCAACAAAAAGAGCUCAUGCCUCAAAGAGCAUAACAUCUUCAGAGGCGAACACAACAAGGAGAUACUCCAAAAGUUCAAUCUGCUUGAUGCCGAAGACGUGUUCGCCACGAUCCGUGAAGGAUAUGCUGCCAGAAAGGCGGCGAAGAAGGCCGCGGCCGUCGAGUGCCCGGAGGGUGCCACUGGCGGAGAGGAGCCACCGUCAGCGCCGCAGCGGGCCGGCGCCGGCGCCCCGGUCAGCCUGACCUGCGCGGUGUGCCACGAGUUGUUCGUGCGCGCCACCACGCUCGGGUGCACGCACACCUUCUGCGAGGGCUGCGUGCGCGACGUGCAGCGCCAGAGGCAGCCGUGCCCGCUGUGCCGCGCGCCGAUCGCCACCGCCGUCCGCUCGCUGGUCAUCGACGACACGGUGGCCGAGUGGUUCGACGGACAGGACGAGGAGACGCGCCGCGCCCGGCGACAGCUGGAGGCCGAGCGACGCCGCCAAACCUAGCUGCGCGGCUCGACCAGCCGCCCAGCAGCCGCUGGAGACGACUGCACAGCCACCGGCAGCCGGCAGCCGCACCCUUCGAGAAAGCUUACUUAUGUCUAUGUGGCACACUAUGUCUCACUCCAAAAGCGGAUCAUGUUUCUCGAUAUUUCCGAAGUGGAAGAAAUGGACAACAAUGCGAACAAUAGGCGUAAAAACAACACUUGUAAACCCUGUAUGUAUGCUUUGUAAUAUUAACAAUCGUAAGUCGGUAAGGUACAGUAUGAAAACCUAUAGAUUCGUAUGGCACCAAAUCGCAAUCAUUGUGAUGCUUACCAAUGGUGAUUGUUAUUUUGAUGGAUCAAAUAAAAAAUAAACAAUAAAA